AGUUGAUUUUACACACCCUGAUGUGUAACUGAACAUGUCAACACAUCACAAUGACAAAACCACAAGGACCACACAUUUCCCUUAGUGCCGCCUGAUGAGGAGAGGGAGGAGAGGAUGAAGGAGUGAGUAGUGAAGAAGUAGGAGCUACAGAGUGAAGAGGAACAGCUAUGAAGGGAACAGCACUUCUCCUGCUUACAGCCACCUUCAGCGUCAUCUCAGAUGUUGCAGUCGGGGUAGAUGUUUGUGCCUCCUGCCACCCCAACGCCACCUGUGAUGAUAAGACGGACGGCUCUGGGAAAGUGUGUAACUGCAUGUACGGCUUCGUGGGGAACGGCAGAACCUACUGCCAAGAUAAAGAUGAGUGUCAGCUGGGUCAGAUCUGUGGUGACCACAGCAGGUGUCACAACACCUACGGCAGCUACUUCUGCACCUGUGUGUCGGGUUACAGCCCCAACAACAACCUGGCUGUCUUCAUCCCCAAUGAUGGUUCAUACUGUCACGAUGUGGAUGAGUGCACUGUGGAGGGUGUUUGUGGUGAAGGUGGUGUGUGUAUAAACACAGACGGCGACUUCUACUGCAUGUGCACAACCGGAUACACUGUUCAGAACGGAUCAGAACCGUUUCACCCUCAUACACAUUCUGCCUUUUGUGGGAUGGUAGAUUGUGGUCCCCCUCCCACCGUCCCUCAUGCCGUUCCAUUCUCUCCGUUCCUCACUCGUUACGGCAGCACUGUGCAGUACACGUGCACAGAAGGUUUCACCAGGACACGUGGAAGCAUCACAUCCAUCUGUGGCCCUGACGGACGCUGGAGCUUUCCCAGCAUGCACUGCGAAGAGGUCCGUUGCGGCCCCCCACCUCCUCUCCUCUACUCAGUAGUAUUAUGGAAUGGCAGCACUAAAGUAGACUCUAAAGUCCUGUAUGAGUGUAAAGCAGGAUAUCGCACUGUGGGAACAGGAAGUGUGUCAAAAUGCAACUCACAUGGGCACUGGACUGGUACUGGCAUAGCAUGUAAAGAGAUACGGUGCUCUGAGCCCCCUGUGCUGCCCCACACAGGUCGGGUGUGGGACGGCAGUGUGCGUGUUAACAGCUCUGUACUUUAUUACUGUAAAGAAGGAUUUUAUGCUGCAGAGGGAGAAAAUAAAUCACUGUGUUCUCUAAACGGUUCAUGGAGCAGAGCUUCUCUGUUAUGCAGAGAGAUACGGUGUUCUGAGCCCCCUGUACUGCCCCACACAGGUCGGGUGUGGGACGGCGGCCUGCGUGUUAACAGCUCUGUACUUUAUUACUGUAAAGAAGGAUUUUAUGCUGCAGAGGGAGAAAAUAAAUCAGUGUGUUCUCUGAACGGUUCAUGGAGCAGAGCUUCUCUGUUAUGCAGAGAGAUACGGUGUUCUGAGCCCCCUGUGCUGCCCCACACAGGUCGGGUGUGGGACGGCAGUGUGCGUGUUAACAGCUCUGUACUUUAUUACUGUAAAGAAGGAUUUUAUGCUGCAGAGGGAGAAAAUAAAUCAGUGUGUUCUCUGAACGGUUCAUGGAGCAGAGCUUCUCUGUUAUGCAGAGAGAUACGGUGUUCUGAGCCCCCUGUGCUGCCCCACACAGGUCGGGUGUGGGACGGCAGUGUGCGUGUUAACAGCUCUGUACUUUAUUACUGUAAAGAAGGAUUUUAUGCUGCAGAGGGAGAAAAUAAAUCAGUGUGUUCUCUGAACGGUUCAUGGAGCAGAGCUUCUCUGUUAUGCAGAGAGAUACGGUGUUCUGAGCCCCCUGUGCUGCCCCACACAGGUCAGGUGUGGGACGGCGGCCUGCGUGUUAACAGCUCUGUACUUUAUUACUGUAAAGAAGGAUUUUAUGCUGCAGAGGGAGAAAAUAAAUCAGUGUGUUCUCUGAAUGGUUCAUGGAGCAGAGCUUCUCUGUUAUGCAGAGAGGUGAAGUGCGGCAUUCCCCCGUCAUUUCCUAAUGCAGUAAUGUUGUGGAACAGAGUUAGUAAUGUUGGUACAGUAGUGCGUUAUCAGUGUGUGGAAGGUUUUUAUAACAGCAGACAUGAGGAUGUGUGUGUGUGUACAAGCAGAGGAACAUGGAGCCUGCUACACUUCCACUGCCAAGAGGUGAACUGCAAUGAGCCACGUUCUCUACCUCACACACGGUUAGUGUGGAACGGCAGCUCCACUCUCGGCUCUGUGGCUCUGUAUGAGUGUGAAGCUGGAUAUUGGAGUGUCAGCACAACACAGAGUGUGUCUGUGUGUGGCUCCGACAGCCGGUGGAGUUCUGUACAACUGCACUGUGAAGUGUCAUGCGGCCCGAUCCCUACACUGCACAAUGCAGAGGUUCUCUGGGAAAAUGGCACUGUCGCCAUCCAUCGCUGUGUUGAAGGCUACUACAGACGUACAGGAACAGACGUAUCAGUGUGUGAUACCACAGGAACAUGGCAGGUGGCCACCAUGCACUGCAGAGAGGUGAAGUUCAGCAUUCAGAGUUUGACUGUGUGUAAAGAGAAAUGUCUUCGCUGGAGGACUGCUGCUGAAAAUCAAGUCUACAAGCAAAUAUACACUGUGGUGUUUAUCGGUGUGAGAGCUUUCGAUCCCCUGUUCAGUGAUCGUCAGAAGAAAGUGUUCACCUCAUCAGCGUUACAUCCUUUUGUGUGCUUGAACCUGCAGCCCAUCACCAACUACACCAUCACUGUGACUGCUGUGGAGACUGGAGACACAGCUAUUGUUACUGCUAACACAAGCAUCGCCGCUCCACCCACUCCUGAGGUUGGGUACAGUGAGGUUGAUUCCCACAGACCUACUCUUCAUUUACGGAGAGCCACCAGUUCACUGGAUCCAAUUUGUGUGUAUCAGGUAAUCGUGUUAGCUGUGGCAGAUGUGUUGGUGUUCGACUGCGGCUCGUCUCAGUCCUGUGAUGGCGAGAACAUGGCGGCUCAGCUGAAGCUCUGUGAGCUCGGCAUGGAGGUGAACUUCACACUGGGGAACCGAAAGCAGUACGGACCCUUCCACAACAACCCGCUGGACAACAGGCGAGAUUACUUCAUCAUCCUGCGCACUGUCUGCACCUGGGGGCAGGCGAGAACGCACUCCUGCGUUAUCUGGGCCAAAGUCAGAGGAGCCUACUACGCUACGAGAAUUUCUGCUUUGGUGACAUUCGGCUUCAUCUGCGCUCUGGGUUUCUUCAGUGUGACGGUUUACUUCUGCUGCUGGUUUUGGAAAGUCCCCAGAUUAUGACUGAUUAUGUAUUUUGUGUUUUUAUUUUGACAGUGUUGAGUUUGUAUUUAUGUUUAUAAUAAAAUAAAAUAAAAGUUAAAUGUG